AUGGCGGAGAAGGUGAUCGCCCAGCUCGACACAAACGGGGACCGCCAGGUCAGCGAGAAGGAAAAUGGAGGUGUGUGUCCGAUGACAAAAGUGGACUUGGACAAGGACGGCUUUAUGUCCAAGGCGGAACUGGAGGAGCACUGUCGCUGUGAAAAACCGGCGGCGAAGGAGGACGCGUCGACUUCCACUGUGACAACCGCGGCCAGCAGCACUUUGGAGAAAGCCAGUCAGUUGGCUUUUCUUGAGCAGACCUCGUGGUUGUUGUCGUGCUGUUGCAAUCCGGCUGUCCAGGAAGAGGGAGACGAAGAGGAAUGUGGAAUACGUGUCACGUGCCACGAAGACGCAGCGACCGCCCGCCAGAGGAGGAGGCAGCAGAGAAAAGAGCUGCGCAAAGAGUUGCAGCAGACGCAGAGCACCGUCACUAUCGAAGAAUUACCCGACAAUUACAACGCACAGCACCCGACGCAGAAUCAACUCCUGGCUAUCGAGGAUGUUGCCGAGGGGACGAUAUGA